AUGUCGGAGUUACCCGAAGACCUUCGUGGCUCAGUUCAUAUAGCUGUUAUUGGCGGGACCGGUCUUCAGGAAAUCGAUGGUUAUGUUCCACUCACGAGCGUUAAUCCCCUUACUCCAUGGGGUUAUCCAUCUGCACCAAUUCGUAUUUUGAAGCAUGGAGAUACCAAGGUGGCCUUUCUUGCUCGCCACGGAAUGUUUCAUCAAUUCGCUCCGCACGAAAUACCAUCCAGGGCAAACAUUGCAGCUCUCAGAGGCAUUGGAGUGCGAACUGUCAUCGCGUUUAGUGCAGUUGGUAGCCUUCAAGAGAAAGUUCGUCCAAGAGAUUUCGUAGUCCCGAAUCAGGUCAUCGAUCGAACCAAAGGUAUUCGGCCCUUUACUUUCUUCGAGAAAGGGGUAGUGGGACAUGUAGGAUUUGCCGACCCGUUCGAUGAAAAGAUUGCAAAGAUCGUAAUUGAUUGUUCUUCGGUGCUUGCAGGUGAUGGGGUACAGAUGCAUGACAAGGGAACAAUAAUUUGCAUGGAGGGACCUCAGUUUUCGACACGUGCCGAAUCAAAUAUGUACCGCUCCUGGGGAGGCACAGUUAUUAAUAUGUCUGCACUGCCCGAGGCGAAGUUAGCUCGCGAGGCGGAAAUGGCAUAUCAGAUGGUUUGCAUGGCCACAGACUAUGAUUGCUGGCAUUCAAGCGACGAUGUUGACGUGGCAAUGGUCAUGCAACAUAUGGCCGCAAAUAGCGGAAAUGCCAAGCGCCUAGUCUCAGCCGUGCUGGACGAAUUGAGUAAAGAGGAGCACGCGAAUCUGGUCAAGGGCAGUCAUUGGGUAGGGAGCACGUCGGGAAUUAUUUCGCUCAUGACAAAGCCUGAGGGCAGAAGUCAGGAGAGUAUACGCAAUGUUGAAUAUUUGUUUCCAGGCACUUGGCGCAGCAGGGAGGAUUAG